CUUCAAGGCACUGUAGCCUCUGAAGUGACCAUAAGCAAAGUUCCCGACGCUUUUACUGUCGCUAUCCUUACCUGGAUGGCUCUCUUCUGAGACAUUCGGAAUGCUUCCCUCAAAAUGGUGGGAUGCCAUUACGCCAGUCGGCCACUGAGCCUUGCCGUGGUCUGCUUUCUGCAUCUCCAAAUCGGGGCCAGCAUUCUGUCAAGCAGUGCAGACCCCAAUUCUUCUGUUGAUCUCUGCUCGGAUUCAUUGGGAAACAUUACAGUGGUGGAGCCUGGCCAAUUCAUUAUAGCGAAGCUUCAAUGUUACGGUUGUCCAACAACGGCCAGACUCGAGAAUGGGGCCACAAAAUUACCCAUGAGGAGAACGCCCUAGUAUAUACUCCAUUUUCUCAUCUGAUCCUGCAUAUGAAUUCGCCCAAUUAUCGCU